CAUAUCGAAUCAAUCUCCAUAUCUCCGCUAGCAAACCCAUCGGGAUCACAUUAUUCAUCUGGGUGGAUUUGCGCACAACUCAACUGGAACCUGUAGGUUUCGACAUGGGUAUCGUCGAUGUUCUAAACUCAAUUAACUUUGAACACGAAUCAUAUCCAACCUAUGGAGAUUUCGCAGCUCUUCCUGUCUUUGCUAUCUUCUUCCCAACUGUUAGAUUUUUCCUCGACAGAUUAGUUUUUGAGCGUGUAGGUAGGUGGUUAAUAUUUAACAAGGGGCAGCAGAAGUUGGAUGUUGAGACAGAUGACAGGAAUAAAAAGAUAAGAAAAUUUAAAGAAUCAGCAUGGAAAUGUGUUUAUUAUCUUUCAGCAGAAAUCCUAGCCCUUGCUGUAACGUAUAAUGAACCUUGGGCGACUAACACCAACAAUUUCUGGAUAGGCCCUGGAGAUCAAAGAUGGCCUGAUCAGAAAAUGAAGCUGAAAUUGAAAGGACUUUACAUGUAUACGGGUGGAUUCUACACCUACUCCAUCUUUGCUUUGAUUUUCUGGGAAACAAGAAGAUCCGAUUUUGGUGUUUCCAUGGGGCAUCAUGUUGCAACUGCUAUCCUCAUUGCAAUGUCUUAUAUUUGCAGGUUUGCACGAGCUGGAUCGGUUGUUUUAGCACUUCAUGAUGCAAGUGAUGUGUUUCUUGAAGUUGGAAAGAUGUCUAAAUACAGUGGAGCCGAAGCACUUGCAAGCUUUUCAUUUAUUUUGUUUGUAAUUUCAUGGGUGCUUCUUCGCCUUAUUUAUUAUCCGUUUUGGAUCUUAUGGAGUACAAGUUAUGAAGUUGUUCAAACAUUGGAUAAAGAGAAACAUGUUAAAGAGGGGCCCAUGUAUUACUAUGUCUUCAACACCCUUCUUUUCUGCUUACUUGUUCUUCAUGUUUACUGGUGGGUCCUUAUGUAUCGCAUGCUUGUCAAACAAAUUCAAGAUAGAGGCAAACUUAGUGAUGAUGUUCGCUCUGAUUCGGAUAGUGAUAAAGAACAUGAAGAUUGAUUGGUGAUGAGAGGGAAGUCAAAAUGAAGUCAACGUGGGAUGGGAGUCUAAUAUUUAAAAAGUAUUAAGAUCUUUAUGGAUUCAGUUGUUUUGUUAUUAUUAUUAUUAUUAAUUUGCAGGUGGAGGGAUGUUUUUUCAAUCAACCUUAAAUCUGUGUGACUAGUGAGGGAAAGACUUGUAUAGAUAGAGAGAUUCAAAUUGCUAUAAAAAAAAAGUCGAUCUUUCCUCA